CGUGAGGAGGGAAGUUGUGGAAGUUAGGGGAGACGCCCGCCCGCCGGCCCGGGCCUCGCCUACAGCCGCUCCCCCCGCCUCCUCUCCUCCCCGCCCCGAGCCCUCGUCUGCCCGUCCUUCCUUCCCCUCCCUUGCAUGAUGGAAACACCAUGGCUGCGGCGGCCCAGCUCUCUCUGACACAGGUGGAUACCAGCAAUACUGGAAGGGUGUUGGCUUCUGAUGCUGCUGCUUUCCUGAAAAGAUCAGGGCUUCCAGACUUGAUACUUGGAAAGAUUUGGGAUUUAGCCGACACAGAUGGCAAAGGUAUCCUGAACAAACAAGAAUUCUUUGUUGCUUUGCGUCUUGUGGCAUGUGCCCAGAAUGGAUUGGAAGUUUCACUAAGUAGUUUGAACUUGGCUGUUCCACCACCAAGAUUUCAUGAUACCAGUAGUCCUUUGCUAAUCAGUGGAACCUCUGCAGCUGAGCUCCCAUGGGCUGUAAAACCUGAAGAUAAGGUCAAAUAUGAUGCAAUUUUUGAUAGUUUAAGCCCAGUGAAUGGAUUUCUGUCCGGUGACAAAGUGAAACCAGUGUUGCUUAACUCUAAGUUACCUGUGGAUAUCCUCGGAAGAGUUUGGGAAUUGAGUGAUAUUGACCAUGAUGGAAUGCUUGACAGAGAUGAGUUUGCAGUUGCCAUGUUUUUGGUAUACUGUGCACUGGAGAAGGAACCUGUGCCAAUGUCCUUGCCUCCAGCCUUGGUGCCACCUUCUAAGAGAAAAACGAAAUACUGUUUUUUUCCCCUCCUGUAGUGGGUUGUAUCCCCUGCAGAAAAAGCUAAAUAC